GGCAGUGUGAGACAGGCGGCACCAGGGGAAAGACACGCGUUUUCCAUGCCGCUACACGAUUUUCCUUCCUCUCACUGAUUACUUACUGCUGUGAGAAAAUAAAAAAGAAAGAAAGAAAUACAAGAAAGAAAGUGGAAAGGAAAUCCAAACGACGCGGUGGAGAGAUGCAGCCAGUUGUGAGGUGGACUUUGCUGCUUCUUCUCGUGGGUUUCAAGGCUCAAGAUUGUGUCUCGUCCAAAGCGGAGGAUCGUCUGUUCAGGAAGCUGUUCAGACGAUAUAACCAGUUCAUCAGACCUGUGGAAAAUGUCUCUGACCCCGUCACCGUAGAGUUCGAGGUCUCCAUCUCGCAGCUCGUCAAAGUUGAUGAAGUGAAUCAAAUCAUGGAAACAAAUCUGUGGCUCCGGCAUAUUUGGAACGACUAUAAGCUGCGAUGGGUGCCGGCAGAGUUCGACGGGAUCGAGUUCAUCAGAGUCCCGUCGAACAAGAUCUGGAGACCCGACAUUGUUCUCUACAACAACGCUGUGGGCGACUUCCUGGUGGAGGAUAAAACCAAGGCCUUGCUGAAGUUUGACGGCACCAUCACCUGGAUCCCGCCGGCCAUUUUCAAAUCCUCAUGCCCCAUGGACAUCACCUACUUCCCCUUCGACUACCAAAACUGCUCCAUGAAGUUUGGCUCCUGGACGUAUGAUAAAGCCAAGAUUGACCUGGUACUCAUCGGUUCCAAGGUGAACCUCAAAGAUUUCUGGGAAAGUGGCGAGUGGGAAAUCAUCGACGCUCCAGGCUACAAACAUGACAUCAAGUACAACUGCUGCGAGGAGAUCUACCCAGACAUCACCUACUCCUUCUACAUCCGACGCCUGCCGCUUUUCUACACCAUCAACCUCAUCAUCCCCUGCCUCCUCAUCUCUUUCCUCACAGUGCUGGUUUUCUAUCUCCCAUCUGACUGUGGAGAGAAGGUCACGCUCUGUAUCUCCGUCCUGCUCUCCCUCACUGUGUUCCUGCUCGUUAUCACCGAGACCAUCCCCUCCACAUCGCUGGUCAUCCCGCUCAUUGGAGAGUACCUGCUCUUCACAAUGAUCUUCGUCACGCUCAGCAUCGUCAUCACUGUCUUCGUGCUGAAUGUACACUACCGCACGCCGAUGACCCACACGAUGCCGUGCUGGGUGCGCUCGGUGUUUCUCAAAGUGCUGCCGAGGAUUAUGUUGAUGCGGAGACCGAUUGAUGAGGACAGCAAGGCUGGGGGGUUGGACAGCAGUGGGGAGGCAGGAGGAGCUGGAGGGGGAGGAGGAGGCGGAGGAGGAAAAGGAGGGAGGAAACGGAAGAACAGCUUGAUGCAGCAGGUCGGAGGAGGAUCCCUCAACUGCCUGGAGUUCGGGGACGGUAAAUUCUCCUCCGUGGAGGGCUGCACGGGCAAGAAAUGCCCCUGCCCCUGCCAGCACGGGAAGGAAGCCCCAGAAACGCCGGAGAGUGGGAAGAUGACGCGUCAGCUGAGUCCGCAGAGCAUCAACACGGUGGUGGCCUUCUCCGUGGUGUCGCCGGAGAUCAAACAGGCCAUCGAGAGCGUCAAAUACAUCGCUGAGAACAUGAGGAGCCGCAACAAGGCCAAAGAGGUGGAGGAUGACUGGAAGUACGUUGCGAUGGUGAUUGAUAGAAUCUUCCUUUGGGUGUUUGUGACGGUGUGCGUCCUGGGAACCAUGGGCCUCUUCGUCCAACCACUUUUCGGCUUUGUCUCGUAACUGCGAACCAUUCAGGGUCCUCCGCCGCCCUGUGUCAGCCAAUCCUGAACAACUAAUGAACUCUCAGCGGACAUAUCAGAAGACAGAGUCCUAAAGCACUAUUUGGUGUGCUAGUUUUGCUUCAAAGCCUUUGCAGGGAGAAAUAA